CCCAGGACCCUGCAUUCACUAUAUCCGGUCCCCCACAGACCCUGCAUUCACUAUAUCUGGUCUCCCCGGACCCUGCAUUCACUAUAUCUGGUCUCCCAGGACCCUGCAUUCACUAUCUGGUCUCCCACAGUACACAGAACAUGGAAAUUCAAUUAUUUUAGUAAAUAUAAACUGCUAAAUAACUUUUCUCAUCAGCAGUAUAUAGCAAUCUUGUGACUUUUAUAAGUGUCCAGCUCAGCACUGGUUAAAGUUUGUAGGAGGAGUUUUCAUUCUGCUCU